UGACAUCGCAUUGAUUUACAGUUUAAAUACUAAUAUUGUUUCAUGAAUAUAUCCUUUUUUCUAAAUCAUGUAUAAUUUGAACAAUAAAGCAAGUUAGCAUAGAAGAUGCUUCCACGACGCGUCAAUUACAAUAUUUGUCACCAACGAAGGUGUUGAAUAUAAAACAAAUAUUGAUGACAACGUUAGUAGUCUCAGAGUCAACACAUAGAAUAGGCUUUUAAUUGGAGAAUGGCUUUUUAUAUGUGGGAGUCCGUUCUGUGCUUAUAAUUCUCAUAUAAGUAAAUAGUUAUGGAAUUGGUGAACGUGUAAGAGAGUUUGGAAUGCGUCUGUUUCAUCUUGUAUUUGUGGCUUAUUCUGUGACUAUAUUGACGAAAGAUAUUUAUGCUCGUAAAGGCAAAGCAUGUAAAAAUGGAAACAAACGAACUUUAUCAUGGCGAUUAAAACUUUUAAGAAAAGUUUCAAAGCAAUUGAACCCAAGAAUAAAACUUUUAAGUUUAAAAGGCAGAAUUAAUAGUGACUUGGAAAAAGACAAAGCACAUGGAUGGAUAAAAGAAUCAGAAAGUAAACAACGACACGUCCCUAGAAUUGAAUGUAACAAGUAUGAAGGUUCAGAAGAUUUAAUUGCAUGCCCAACACCAGAUGCCUAUCAAAAAUUUUAUUGCAUAGAAGACCGCCAUCUCUGUGAUCAACAACUAAAUUGCCCCAAUGGGGAAGAUGAAAAUUUAAUUGGCUGUAUGUUUUUUAAAUGGGCAAAUUCGUUCUUUAGGAAGAUAGAAGAAGCUUUAAUAAAUAAAGAUAGAAGAUUGUGACAGCGAUAAUGUGCUACAGACUUGAUUACACAAUAUGUAUGAACAUAUUUUUUUUUAUGGCAGACGAAAAUUGUAUGAUCUGAUUUCAGAAACUUUUGAAUGAAUUAUAUGAAUUUUUUGGUGCGAUUAAUUGAAAUUGAAAAAAUAACAAAAUUAGUCGAUAGAUAAAAAAGAUAUAUGGUUUUAACAAAGAUGGAUAAAUGGAAGCAUUACCAUAUAUAUUAAUUAUUCCGGACACUUGUAUGUCUGUUAAAUUUAUCCUGAUGUUUCAAAUAUUGUUUUGCUUGUUUUAGUAUUAAGAAAUAUAUCUUAAUCGAAAACGAUAACUAUUUUUCUGUGACUACAAGGACACAAUUGAUCGAAAUAAGUAUUGAAUAACUGUACAUUUUUUGGUCGAGAGAACGAAAUGACGAGUACCUAUUUUUUGUUUUGUACUUUUUUGAAAGUUUUUCCUCUUAUUACCAAACAACAAAUUAUUAUUUCGCCCCUCUUUUCACAUAUCGUUAGUUAUGAUGCUUAUAAACAACUUUGGAUAAAGAGCUAUUUAAAUAAUUUCCAAAAAGGUCGCCAAAUCAAAAUGGUCACUGAUAUUCAAUAGGCUACGCCCUAUUUAUUAAUCUCUUAUCGUAAACGCACCAAACUUUGCACAGUUCUAGUUAUGACGCGUAAUGACAGUUUUGGUAAUGAGCCAUAUAAAAAUCCAUAAUGGCCACCAAAUUAAAAAUGGCCAACAGUCAAGAGAUAAAGUUCUUUAUAUAUUGGUGUAUUUUAUCGGUUAAUAUAAACAGAUUGAAACCCCGAACAGUGUAAUUUAUGACGCUAACAAACAUUUUAGGAUACGGAGCAAUCUAAAAAAGUUAACCAACAGCCGACAUAUUCAAAAUGACCGCCAAUAGUCCAGAGGUUAAAUCAUAUUUAUUGGUAUAAUUGAUCUUUUUAUAGUAACAGCCUCACACUAUGUAAUGUAUUUCGGUUGUUUCCUGUAAUUAGUUAAAACUUCAGUUUAUCAUGUUUAUCUUUUGUAUAGUCAUUUUAUAAAAUGUACUAUUUGCUAAAGUAUAAAUUAUUCCAAAUAAUAGGGAUGUUCUGGUACCUUAAAGAAAACUCUGGCCGUUUUUGGCACAACUUUUUUGAACUUUUGGUCCUCGAUGCUGUUCAACUUUGUACUUGUUUCGGCUUUCAAACUUUUGUAUCUGGGCGUCACCAGAAAGUCUUGUAUGGACAAAAUGCACUUCUGGCGUAUUAAAAUUUUAAACUUG